CAAACUUUUUUGGUCGCUUUGAGAGAAUCAAGAGGUAUCAUUAUAAAGCUGUACAAAAGGGUUGGUGAAAGCCAUCACAUUUUCUGAAACCUUUAAAAGAAACUGAUGUGACAAGAAGAAAGAAUUUUGAAGAAGCAAGGAGGCUAUAUGAGGAGCUUGGUGUAUAGGAAGAUGUGGUGGGUUGUACAUCGACGGAUGAACAAGAGGAACUUAAAUCGUGAUUGUGAGACUAAGAGAAUAUGUGAGUUGGGGAAAGACUUGGAGGAGAUACUCAAGGGAAGGCUAGAGACGAUAGAGGAGGAACCCGAAGCAGAAGAGCGAGAGUGGUUAGGAGACUCGCAGACACAGAAGCCAAUAUUGGUUAAGGCUAAGAUGAAAGUGGAGAAAGGAAAGGCAAUAGUAAAAGCAAAAGUGAAGAGUGGAAAGGUGUUUUACAUGUUGUGUGUCAUUGGCUUAGCCUCUAAACGGGGGUUUAAUGAUCUUGUUUUUCAUUAAAGAGUCUCUCAAAUCCUAAUUCUUCUUCUUCAUCAUCAUCUUCUUGAUUUUUAUUUUAUUUCUUGACUGUGUGGAUGUACAUAUAUGUGUGUGUAUUUAUUUCGGUUAUAUAUACUUAUGGUGUAUAACACAGUUUUGUGUUUGUUUUUAUU